UACCCCUGCUCUAGCUAUAUCUUGCUGCUAGAAGCAAGUUUGCUUCAGAACAAUCUAUCUUUGGUUGUAAUUAACACUGUGGUACAGUCUUCAUCAAGUCUUACUUACUUCUGAGAUAAAUCAGUGAUAUUUAAGUUAAUAAAAGCUAAUUUGCUUGCUUUCAGUCAGAUAACUACAGUACGUUUUUUAUGAAUGAGUCCAAUGCUCUGCAGAGAUAGAAUCUAGAAUCAAAAUAGAGCUAGAAGGGACCUUGGAGGUCUUCUGGUCGAACCCCUGCUCAAGAUGGAGACCCUAUACUAUUUCAGACAGGUGGCUGUCUAAUCUUUUCUUAAAAACCUCCAGUGAUGAAGCAGCUGUAACUUCUGAAGGCGAGCUAUUUCAUUGGUUAAUUGUUUGCAUUGUUAGGAAGUUUCGCCUUAAUGCCAGGUUACUUCUUUCCUUGAUUAGUUUUCAUUUAUUGUUUCUUAUCUUGCCUUCUGGUAUUUUGGAAAAUAAGCUGAUACCCUCUUCUUUUAUAAAGAUAGUGUAUAUUUUAGUGUACUUUAUAUAGUGUAGAAUCAACCUUCAUGACAAUGUUUAUGUACCAGCCUCCAUACCUGGGCUACAGCUAAGCAACAGAUAAAUGUAUCCUUGUUGGGAGUGGUCUCUCAGAAUAUGUCUGGUGGAAUAAUGCAUGAUUGUUAGAAUAUUAGCAAACUUCAACAAGGAGCAAGCUAUAUAAGACAAGCAGGAGACUUUUUUUCCUUUCAUAGUUAUGAAGACAUGAUUUUACUCUCAAGAGUAUAAGAGUACAAGGGAAUAAGGAAAGAUGUGAUUGUGAAAUAGUAUUGCUAAUACCUAUAUUUAGGCUAUCUAAGUUUUUCUGUCUGCCUUUUCAUAAAGCAAUUUUUAGAGGCAACAUCUAAUCAAAGUUGUGAAGUUUUAACUGCAUGGGUUUCAAAUAAAAAUGUAAAUUGUAUUUCAUUCAUUUCCAGAGAACUCAAUAAGACUUUUUAAAAAGGCUGACAGUUGGUUUGUGUUCUAAAGAAAUUAUGUAUAGAUAGAUCAGGUUCUUUGCCUUCCUCUCCCCAUCUAUACAGUAACUUGUCUGAGCUAGUCUACUUUGCUAGAAAGAACAUAUGUGGGGAGUUUACUAUUUAGUAGUUCAGUAGUAUACUUAUGACAUCAGCUGUAUUGAUUUUAAAAAUAACAUCUGUAUGUGUAAGAGAGAGUGCCACUAUUUAACUGGACACUGUAAUGUAAACCAAAACUACUGUACACUGCCUUGAGUUUCAGAAAAUAACUUAAAAGAUAUGUGUUCAAAAUAGAGCCAUAGAAAAAGAGUUAAUGCUUUCUGAAAAGACCACACUGUUACAGCCACACCUCAAAUAUCAGAGAUAUUUAAUUGGUUAAACCCCUGCAGCAUAUACCUUUUAUAGCAAAAGCUUGUUCUUUUUUUCCUCAUCUGCUGAAGGGCAGGAUUUUUACUCCCUUUUCCCCAACAAUUUCAUGGGAGAAAAAAACAAUUAAUGAAUCCAAUCAGUUGCCUGUCAUGCUUUUGGUAAAAAGAGGGUAUGUUUUUGUAUUUUAAAUCUGGGAGUUCUUUUUGUUUAAUUUGGCAGUACUUUCAUGCUAGAGUCUGCCUGUCUGUCUGCAUGUUAUUUAUUUAGCAAUUCAUACUUUGAUUGAUCAGCCCAUCAUCUCUCCAGAAAACUCCCCAAGACCCUCUGAAAAUUCAAGAGAUGCUUGAGACAGGCCUCUCUAACAGAUCCUCCCCUCUGGAAAAAAGCAUGGCACUUCAGUCAAGCAUGGUCUAUCCAUAACAAGGGGAGAGGUUCAGUCUCCUCCAUCUGCCCCAAACCCAAAAUCAGAUCUCAUAUGUGCCCUCAGUAAACUGGAUCAGAUCCAUGUUGCCAUUGUUGCCUUGAAUUCCCGGGCUAUCCCAGACCUUUCACCAAGGAAGGCAAGUUGAGCACUAUCAGAUUGCGGAAAUUUACUACAUUAAUGUUAUACAUCUCUGGCAAGGACAACACAAUGUAACAAGAAGACUAAUCCGCAAAACACAAUCCACAAGCAAUCCAUAUGAUCCUUCAAACCAGGAAGCAUGAGCAACAUCAUGUUCUCGAUGCCUGCAGAGUUUCAUGGAUGCUAACAGCAAGUGACACAUCCAAACUUUGGGUGGGCAGAACUUUUCUCUUCCACUCAGAUUUUAAUAAUAUACACCAGAUAAAUUAUCAAGAUAAUAUGGUGUAUCUGGGAGAAUGCAGAUGGACUCAUAUUUUCCCUUUUUUCAUAGCAUCACUUGUGUAUGCCGCUAAUGCUGAAUAUUCUAAUUGUGGUGAAAAUGAGUAUUACAAUCAGACAACCGGAAUGUGCCACGAGUGUCCACAGUGUGAGCCAGGAGAAGAACCUUAUAUGACAUGUGGGUAUGGCACUAGAGAUGAAGACUAUGGCUGCAUCCCAUGCCCAUCAGAAAAAUUUUCUAAAGGUGGCUAUCAUAUUUGCCGGAGGCACAAAGAUUGUGAAGGGUUCUUUCGGGCGACAGUGAUGACACCUGGAGAUAAAGAAAAUGAUGCCGAAUGUGGGCCUUGUCUUCCUAGCUAUUACAUGUUAGAAAACAGGCCUCGGAAUAUUUAUGGGAUGGUUUGUUACUCGUGUUCACUGGCACCUCCAAACACUAAAGAAUGUACAGGCGUUACUUCUGGUGUGUCAGCCAGUUUCCCAAGUACUUCUGGCACAAGUACUCAUUCUCCUUUUCAACAUGUGCACAAAGAUCUUUCUGGACAGGGACAUCUGGCUACCGCUCUUAUCAUUGCCAUGUCCACCAUUUUCAUAAUGGCUAUUGCUAUUGUGCUGAUCAUCAUGUUUUACAUUAUGAAAACUAAAACUUCAGCUCAAGCAUGCUGCACCAGCCAGUCAGUGAAGACGGUAGAAGCCCAGGCCAAUGUGCAGGAAGAAAAAACAGAAGCCCCAGAAAAUGGAAAAAUUUUCUCUGAGAAAGAUGAAUUUGGAAAAUUGACAGCAACUCCAGCUAAGGUUGUCAAGAGUGAAAAUGAUGCUUCUUCAGAGAAUGAGAGGCUUUUAAGUCGCAGCAUGGACAGUGAUGAAGAAGCUGCUAUUGACAAGCAAGGGACUCCAGAAUUGUGUUUAUUGUCUCUGGUACAUUUGGCUCGAGAUAAAUCUUCAACAAAUAACAAAUCAACCGGAAUACAAAGCCGGAGAAAAAAGAUACUCGACUUAUACACUAAUGUAUGCAGUGUGGCAGAAGGCCUCAGUCCCACAGAGCUACCCUUUGAUUGUCUGGAAAAGACCAGCAGGAUGCUCAGCUCCACUUACAACACUGAGAAAGCCAUUGUGAAGACUUGGCGCCAUCUUGCUGAGAGCUUUGGACUGAAGCGGGAUGAAAUUGGUGGCAUGACAGAUGGCAUGCAAGUCUUUGACCGCAUCAGCACAGCUGGGUAUAGUAUCCCAGAACUGCUAACAAAACUGGUCCAGAUUGAGCGAUUGGAUGCCGUGGAGUCUCUCUGUGUAGAUAUCUUAGAGUGGGCCCAAGUGAUGCCAAAGCCUGAACCAGCUGUGACCUCCUGACUUGCAUUUUUGUGAUCUUCAUUUCCAGAGGAUGAUGGGAUGAUUGAAAUAACAAAGGGACUCAGAAGGAAAUAGAUUUUUGAAGCUUCCAUAGCUUUUGUUUCAGUAUCGUUUUUGCUAUUGAAACAAUUAAAAAAAAAACAAGAUUUGUUCUUGGUUUUUGGAAUCAAAUACAAAAUGCUCAAACUGAAGAUUUUUUUCAACAAGACUUGUUUAUGCCCCCCAAAAUAUUACAGUUCAUUUUCAGUUCCAUUUACAAGCAUGAAUAUAGAUCAAUCUACUAGUAUCAUUACUUGUUUUGAAGAAAUAUGGGUUAAUUUUGUUUCAGUCCUGGAUAAUGAAUAUGUCACAUCAAAAAUAGUGAUUUAUAUGAAAAUCUGUGCUGCUACAAGUUUUUUUUUUUUGAAUUAUCAUUUUUCUCCCAUAUAUCAUGGAUUUUGGGGAGGAAAAAAUCCAUGCCUGUAGGUGAAGCUGGCUGAAUUAUCAUUUUUACAAGAUCUAUAGCUUUAUUCCAAUUUAUUCAAAUUGUAGCAAAUAAGAAUUCAUAUAGAUGGUCCACACAGAAAUUUCAGCAAUAUUUUCAUAGAUACUAGUGAAAACUUAAACUACUUCUAAUAUAAGCAGAAUUUAUUUAUUAAUGUAAUAUUGCAUUUCAUAAACAUCUAAUUGGGGCCAUCUUUUAUGCACUAGAACAAACAAAUGGGAACAUUUGUUGGUUCUCAAAAAGAGAUCAUUAAUGAGAGGCAGAAGCCUGUAAUAAAUCUAUCAAAUUGAUCAACUUUAGAUGCAAAGGAAAUUAAUGAUUGUUGAAACACUUUUAUGGAAAGCAUUUAAAAAUAUUACAGAUUUCUUGACUAGAGUUGUUGCAAUCACCAACAGAAAUGUAUGUGGUAUGUUUAGUUUUCCUGUGAUGUUUUUACUUUACGCAAAACAUUUGUUCUGGACAGCUGUAAUAGGAACACUAAACAAUAGUAGUUAAUGAGGAAACAGAAAUAUCUAUUUUUGAUAUGAGCACAGCUCCCUCUUACAUUUGAAUGUAGUGGAUUAUCAUUAUCAUUCUUAUGAUUAUUUUUUAAACAAAUCUGGCUUAUAAUGUCUGAGCAAAUGAGAACACUAUUCCCAAUUUCUCACAGUAUGUGAAUUUGCAUGGAGUUUGUGCAUGUUUGAGGAUGUGUUUCAUUUAAUUCACCUUUUCCCCACUGAUGGUCCAUCUGUGAAAAGGAUCUGUGUUCCAUGUGAAUUAAAUAUAUCACAAUCAUCAGGGCUUCUACUAUGGAUGCAAGUUUCUCAGAAGUGGAGACUUUCUUUCCUAUCAGUAGGAUGGGGGACUAAGUACCAACUGGUAAAACUGUAUUGCUCUAAAUUAUUUUAUUUAAUGUAAAGGUACUAAUUUUUCCAUUAUUUAAAAUAACUUUAUAACAUGUUUUAAUAUGAAACCCAUGGAAGCAUUGAUUAUAGGAAUAUCAUAGGAUCACCUAACAUCUGUUAAGAUGAUCUUCAUUGCAUACUUAUUGUGCCCAUUAGGGCCUUCGUCCUUUCUUGCCUUUCAUCAGCACUUGAGAAAUUUGCAUUUGGAUCAGUUCCUGUGACCCAUCCUGCUAACCCACUUUGUGCAAGUAAGAGAGAAUAGUAACAAUUGAGUUUUAUUAUAGCAUUUCCCUAAUGUAAACACUGUGCUCUUGGACAGAAUGGCCUGUGGUCUUUAUUUAUAGAUUUGAAAGGAAUAGUCGCUCUUUUUCUGCAGGAAACUUAAGUACAGAGCCCAAGAGUUGGUAGAAAUUUAAUUAGCAAGUUUGUUAAUAUACCUAUCAAAAACAGCUAUGUUGACAGAUUUCAAUAAGUUAUUAUUAUUAAAAGAAACAACAUGCCUUUAAAACAUUUUUAAUUACAAGAAGCAUGACUGAAUGAAAAUGCUAUAAAACUAUAAUUCAUGUUCAGGAAAAUAAUAACUAGGCCAACCCCCUAGUGCCUUCAUUCCAAACAAAAAAAAAUCAAAUUCUAGUCUAAUGGGGUCACUGAGAUGAAUAUUUAAUAUUGGUAUGUCUCCAUGCAGCAUCCAGUUUGUUAGCCUAUGAGUUCUUGCAUUAAAAUAUAGUUUACUAUCUCAGAUGUAUCCUUUCCCAUAUGAAUAAUGAUAGAAUUAUUUCCUGUAAUUAAUUUGCAAAUGCAAUAUUUGUUAUGGUUUCUGUUUCCAAUGCAGCUUGAAGCAACCUUUAAAUCUAUUUUUGUAGAUACAAAUAAAUAGAAGUCUCAUAUUAGUACCUUGAAAAAGGGGAGGAAGUAACUUUGGCUUUUAUCCUGAGCCUACAUGGCCUAUAAUCUAGUGCACAGCAUGACUAUUCAGGUGGAUGCUCAGAACAAACUCAAGCAAUCCACAUGGAAUUAAUGUUUGCAAAUACCACACAUUAACUAUUACAUCAUGAGAUGUAUGGCAGAAGACCACCCACUGUGGUCUGCUCAACAUCUGCCCUAUGACAAUUAUCCAGAGGUAGGAGGCAAUUGUCAUAGCAGUUGGCAUAGCAGAGUUGGGCCUUCUAGAUCAUAAAUAAUAAUAGGUGGAUAAAAAUGCCAGAACUUUGACAAGCUACUUGUGAACUAUUACUAAGAAAAUGUAUCAAGUAUCCAUGCAUUAAACUGGACCCAAGGGAGACCUUAUUUUUUUCUUUUUUAAGAGGGUGACAUAAUAUAAUAAUCCUACAGGUUCAUUGUUGAGAAUUGGAUUUAGUUUUUCAUUCCAUCUUUGUUGCAUUAGUUUUAGUUUUGGUAGAAUCCAUAAGCACUUUAAAAAAAAGAAAUGCCUUUGGGCAAUAAUUUUGGGAUUAUAACAUGCAAGAAUUUCAGUUGCUUAUUCUACAACUUCACAUAAAUGCAGCUCCAAGCUAUAAAUAAUAAUUCAGAUCCCCAUAUCCUACUGACAAAGUUAUCUUGGAGAACUAAAGAAUUGCCAUUAGAUAUGUUUGGUAAUUGUUUAAAAAUACAUAUUUUAUGCCUGGGGAAUAUCAAGACUUUGUGAUCAAUAGUAUCAAUGUGAACAGAGAAUAUUUAAUAUUAUUUUGUUUAAAAUAGAAAGAAGCUUUUUACUGUAAUUUAAAAAGCAGCAAAAGGCAAGAUUAAUCCUGCAUUCUUGAUAAAUAUUGAAACAAUUUUGUGUAAUUUUGUAUAUAUAACUUAUUGUUGUACAUUAUGACAAAUAAAUAUGAUAAAAACAUAAA